GCCACGCAAAUUACCGUUGAAAUCGCCACCAAUAUGCCGUGCUGUUUCGGAGAAUACUACAAACAAAUCUACACUCUGCAAGCCUACGCUAAAUAUGGUCUCGAAGCCAAUGAGGUCCUGGUAUGUUAUGGGGAGGGUCGAACUGAUUUGGAGGACACCCUAGAAGCACUUUCUAAUAUCAAUGAUUUUAUGAAGGUGCCUAUUGACAUUAAGGAUGAAAGUGUUGUAUGUUGCGGCGAUGCACUCAGUGAACCUAGCUGGAAACUAAAGCAGAACAUCGAGAUCCAACUUGACCAUUGUAGAAUCCACAAUUGGCUUAGAAGGUGUAAAGAAGAAAAGAUUCACUUCUGCCAGAAUAUACACUACCCAGCGAUCGAAAUCAUUGGGGCCGAAGUACCAUACAAACAGCAGGUUAAAGCAUGCAUUGACAUUCUAAUUCUAUUUCAUAAUAUCUCCGCCAAGACCCUUCGUAUUUCUAAUGUUCGCAGUAACAAUCAAACCACCUCGAGGUUUAGUAUGGCUACUCUAAAGUCUAAUGCGGCCAAAUACACUAAGUGGAACCUCAAGGUCGAAACUUUAGUGCUAGAUAAUGUCGAUGACCAGAUCAUUUACUGGAUGCUAGGUCACUACGACUUUACUGAACGCACCGAAGUGCAUAUUCUAAACGCAGGGUUCUCUAACCUUGCUAUCACUCAAGUUCUUUCUCUUCCAGUAGGCCGCCAGAUUGCAACGAUCUUGAUCAAUGACUUCCUCGGACUAAAUGAGGUUAAAUAUUUCGUCCAACGCGAACAAAUCAAAGGCUUCUCACUAUUCAAAUACGUUGCAGACAAUCCAGCGAAAGAUCUUGGCCUGAACAAACUAUCUUUACUGCUAAAUGAUAUUGAACUAGGUUUAUACAGUGCGAUUUUGCGAGAGUUUGUGGGCUAUGGCCUUCAUAUUCCGGCCAUGCCUUUCAAGAAUUACAUCAAACUUGCACCUACUAACCCCGGCCCAGCUGAUAUAGCAAACAAAAAGAGGUUGAUUCUUUACAACGCCACUCUCGAGGCCAUAAAGUCCGAUUUUGUCAUCUGCCAAGCCACGAAAGACAGCGUUCAGCUGAAUUCCAUUGCCAAUCUGCUUGUGCGUUUCAGCGAUAGGCAGACAUUAACUGAAGCGUGUGUGGCGACUAUUAUCCGAUGGGCAGCUUGUCGAUUUACAAAUCUAUCUACUUUGCGGCUGAUAAAUACUGAGAUGCCAGAGAGCGAGCAGAAUAAUAUAACCGCCCGUGACUAUUUAAUCCGUAAGCUAGAUUUACUCAAUAGCAUUACAAUCGAAUCAAUCGACCCAAACACUCCGCCAAUCGAACUACUAAGUCGUCCACUUCGCAUCAGCUCUGUAAGCAAUGCAUCUAACACGACACCCAUCUCUAUUCUCAUGUCAUCUGCCUUGGCGUCCCAACUGGCUUGUCAUCCCGAUCAGCUUGAUAGUCUUACAUCCAGCAGCCAUAGCACGGUUAUCUCAUACCAAAAGGUUAUCGAAGACCUCAAACAAUCCAAGCAAGACAACAACUUCGUUUGCCCGGCCUGCAGGGAUGUUCUUAACUUACCCGAGGCGGCAAAGGAACCAAAGCUAGUUCCCAAAGAGACGUUUGCAACAAUUUACUAUCUCACGUGUGGCCACAAGCUCUGCAAUGGCUGUGUAAAACAAGUUGACCGGAACAAAGGCUGCGUAACUUGUAGAAGAGCCGAUGCCUAUGAAGCCAUGCACCAACUUAUCAGUGCUCCGCUAUCUAAUUUUGUGUUUGUUAAGGAUAGUGUGAACACCUCCGCCGAAGAACCCGAAUGGCAUAACACCCUGAAAUGGCAUGAUGACCAAGUCUACAUGUACAUCACAUUUAGGCACACGAUCGACUUUGUUGCAGCGAUCGACAAGAUGCUAGCCUAUAACCUUCCCAGCCAAAUACAUGUUAUUUGA